ACUGUCGGAGGCCCCACCCAGAGGGGGCGGAGCCCGGGGCUGCUGGGGACCUGGGCUUCCGGGUGGAGAGCGUCCAAGUCCUUCUAUCCAAAGCGGCCCCUGAUCUUGGGACCAGAGAGGUGUGCCUACGUCCAGCUAGACCAGGUAGAACCUAGCCUGAGCACCUCCUGUGAGUAUCCUGCAGCCCAGAGCCAGUGACAUUGCUGUGAAAAGCUGUGACCCAUGCCCCAGAUGGCAGAGACGAAAGACCCCGUGCGGCUUCGGCUGCUCAGCCUGGAGCUGAUGAAGCAGCUGUGGGCUGGGCAUGAUGCCAUGUGUCGGUCAGUGGCCAGAGUAGUGUCAAAGUCAAACCUGGACUAUAGCAGCAGCAGCAACUUAGAAAUGCCACUGUCCCAAGAGAGUUCUUCCGCCGCCUCAGUGGCCCCAAGCUCACAGGACCCACCACUAGACUGUCAUCGAGGAGACACGUUUGACGUGACCCGGUGUGGCAAGGACAGCUGCAGAGUGGACUCUCCCCCACCUGCCCCAUGCCAACACCCGGAGCUCCAGGAUGGACUGUGGCCUCCCUCAGCACCCUGGCUAGCCACUGAAGGCCUGAAGGGGCCAGUGCCUUUGGUAGGACCAAAAGGUCUGGGACCUCACAAGACACAGGUCCCCAAAUCCAUCCUGUCACAACCGAGCAAGCCAUCUAAGCCCAAAGUGACCUUCUCCCAAGAGUCUACAGUGCCUGAGAGUGACUGGCACUUCCGGCCAUACCUGGGCUAUGAUUGGAUUGCAGGGACCCUGGACAGUAGCUCUACAGUCACCAGCGAACCCGAGGCCUUCUUCUCCACGCUUCAGAAGUUUCGAGAAACCAACGAAGAGGACUGUGUUUGCAACUCCCCUGAAGCUGUGUUCCCAGACCUGCAAGAGAGCAGUGGUGUAGAAGAGGACCACGAGUGUGUGUACUGUUACCGUAUCAACCGGCGCCUGUUUCCUGUGCCAGUGGACCCAGGUGCCCCCUGCCGCCUGUGUGGGGUACCCCGAGACCAACAGGGUCCUGAGACUCUGAUGGAGCCUGCACAAGUCAGGGUCAGCAUCCCCCUAUCCAUCCUGGACCCCCCACACCGGUAUCGAAUUCACAGACGGAAAAGCUUUGAUGCGUCUGACACUCUGGCUCUGCCUCGGCACUGUCUGCUAGGCUGGGACAUCCUCCCUCCAAAGCCUGAGAAAAGCUCUGUCCCCAAGAGUCUUGACCUGUGGUCCUCUGUUUCCUGUGGAGCACAGCGCCGACAUCUGUCAGCCACCAGCUCAUCCCAUGGGGCCUUGCCAGCACGGGUCCCACCACCCAUCUGGUCAGAGCCUCAGGUUGCCCAGCUCCGCCCCCCCCACCAGAAGCACUGUGGACUGACCACUCAGAAGGGACAAUAUGGAAGCCCUCAAGAUGAGGCUGGAUCCUGACAAGAUGGAAGUGGCUGUGCUGUGUUUCAUGGGCUGGGCAGAUGCCAGGCGUGGCCCUGGCCCUUCUGCCUCCUGGGGUAGGAACUCCAGGGUGGAGGGGGAGGAGAUGAGUGGUAUGUAAAUAAAGCUUUUGUCCCUA